AUGGCCACAGCCACGGUGGAUGCAGCGGGCGCUACCGCGACCGACAGUGACCCCGUUGUCGCUCGCUACAACGUCUUUCUCAAGCCACAGCUGCCGGCCCACCAGAAGCUGCUGGUGCUGCAGUACCCCAACAGGGUCGACAAGACCUCUCCGCUGACGAGCUCCGGACUGUCCCCGACCGAGCUGCGCGUGAAGCAGGCCUCCGGCAUGGUUGAGAUCGACAUUCCGCUCGACUACAACAACGCCUACGACCGCACCAAAGGCAUGGCUUGGGGCGGCGCCCUGGCCAGCUCGACCAAGGCCAAGGCUGGCGGCAGCCACGGCCUGGCCGGCGGCUUUGGCGUCGGCGGCGUGCAGGGCGCUCGGGGGCGGGCGCUGGCUGGAGCAGGAACGGCUGGCGGGCGCUCAGUGUCGACCACAGCGGCCGGUGGCGGUGAUGGACACUACGGGUCGCUGGACUGGUCAGAGGCCAUUCGUCAAGACCGUGUCCUCCGGUUGCAGACGCUCGGUGGCAUGUGUCCGCCGACACGGACAGCCGAAGCCCGCUGGAUGAUUGGCGUGUUUGAUGGCGGAAACCUCCACCUGACACCCGUCAACUCGCUGGUUCAUCUUCGCCCGCAGCUGCAUCACAUCGACGCCGAGGCGGACCUCGACCGCCAGAAACAUCGCGACUCUGCCGGAGCUGACGGCGGUGCUGGCGGCCGUGGCGCCGGCGGCCCGGCAGGCGGUCCCGUAGCUCGUGCCAUCCACAUGACUAUCAAGAGCGCUGGCGCUGACGGCGACGAGGUCGUCACUGAGACCAUGGCCGAUCGGCUGCGGGCCGUGCAGAUGGAAAACUGGACGCGAUUGACCUACGUCGGCGACGACGACGAGAACUCGUGGGACGUGUACAACCAGACGCUAUUUCUGCGCGAGACUGCUGCUGCUGCUUCUGCUUCUGCUUCUGCGGCUGCCAGCUCGGCUGCCUCGUCGACGGGAGCGACGGCCGGCGCCGACGACGACGACAAGGAGAAGAGCACAGACAUCCUCAGCGCGACCGACACAGCCGACGACAAGCCGCUCGUCGCAAAGGUGCCCUCGCUGCGGACGGCCUGGCAGGAGAACGACCUGCUGCAGGCCAUCAGCGGAAUCCAGAAGCCAGCCGACGACAGCUCGGAAGCAGCUGCCGCCGCAGCAGAGGUCGCUCGACAGACAGCCAGGCUUAAGGCCAAAAACAAGGCUAAAGCCAAGCAGAGACUCGAGGGCAAUGCUGCCAGUUCGGCUGAGGCUGUCAGCUCGGCCGCCGUCAAGCAAGAGCUCUCAGUUGCGGACGGACCUGCUCCAAUCGCGCGGAGAGGACGGCCUUCCGCCACUCUGCCACCAUCUCGUGGACGUGGAGGCAGAACAAGACAGACCGGGCCAGGUCGCGGCUCGGCAAUGGACAUCGACUAG